UCACCUGUUUAUUAUUUCAUCAUGAGGGUUGAUAACGUGAGCGGAGAGACAUUCAGAUUUUUAAAAUAAACAUAUCCAUAAGGAAAUGGUGUCACCGUGCUGAAGAUGGCAAAUCACCCACUGUUUCUGGCUUCUCUAUAUCUGCCCUUUGACUCCUCACAGAAGAGCUGAGUAAGGUAACAGCCUGCGAGGAAGAAUAAGGAAUGUAAAUAAAUGAAGGAGCAGACCCCAACCCCAUCACAUAGCAUGGGACAGCUCAGACGGCAAUGAUUCUUACAGCAAUCAAUGACGUUAGUUUGGUUCUGCAAAAGAAAAAAGCCACAAUAGAUGUUGAAGUCAAAAAUCUCGAAAGUCUCUUAGAUAAUCUGCAGAUCUUACGCAAGCAGUGGAAUGCUAUCUUAAAAGAAUGUCGAACAGUUUCCGAGCAUUUAACGACCACCACUUCAACAUUCUCAGUGAGUCGUAAAAAGAAACGAGUGGAAGUUACACCCGAAAAUUCAGAUGAAGAUUAUACUGAUGAAGAAAUUGAUUUCAAACGUAACACUUUCUUCGUUAUCAUGGAUCAGAUCAUCGCGGGAAUAAGGAACAGAUUUGCCUCAAUAAGAGCAAUCAACAACAUGUUUUCAUUCUUGUGGUUGUUUCCGAAAAUGGAAGUAGAAGAAGUUCAGACUGCUGCGCUACGUUUUGCUGAAAAAUACCCUGCUGAUAUCGUGCGAAAUCAUUCACUUAAAAACCGUUUAUCAAGCUAAUUUUGCUGAGAGUAGUAAAACUCAUUUGUCUCCAUUCGAUUUGUUGAAUGCUAUCCCCACCAAAAAUUUGGAUACACUGUUUCCAAACAUCAAGAAUAAAGAACUAUCAUCGUUUUUGUUCAAGCCAAUCUCGAGUCUCAGGACUGGCAACGUUAUGUUUGGAAUCUCAAUUAGCUAGAAAACUUGACUUCGGUAUUAUCAUUGAGGAAUUUGCAUCAGCUAAAGCAAGGAAGGCAUAUUUUUG